CCAGAGCCGCGGGCACAGAGGCCGCGCCGGGCAGAGGAGCCAGAGCCGGCGGCGAGCAGGCGGUGGCGGCGGCUGCGGAGGCGAUGGCAGGGAAAGAAUUGGAGCGAUGCCAGCGGCAGGCGGACGAAGUGACGGAAAUCAUGCUCAACAAUUUUAACAAGGUCCUGGAGCGUGACAACAAGCUGGCAGAGCUGGAGCAGCGCUCAGACCAGCUCCUGGACAUGAGUUCGGCCUUCAGCAAGACGACCAAGACUCUAGCCCAGAAGAAGCGCUGGGAGAAUAUCCGGUGCCGGAUCUACUUGGGGCUGGCAGUGGCUGGUGGCCUGCUCAUCAUCCUGAUUGUGCUGCUGGUCAUCUUUCUUCCAGGGAGUGGUGGGGACAGCAGUAAUCCAUAGGCCUAGGAUACAGGCAUUGCCUUAGGGACUGAGGACUGACCCAGCCAGGCCUGGAGGAGAGGCUGAAUGACUGUACUGGCCUGUUCUGGUCUCCAGAGAAUCCUGGUGUUUGCUUCCGUCUCGGCCACCCCGGAGAGUACUGAAGGGCAUCCUGGAUAUGUGUACCUCUGCAUCUCCCAUCAUGCCAUGGACUGGUCCUUGAGGGCAGCCUGCUGCUGCACUGGCCCUACUAGGCGACACAGCUGGAGCUCAGUAAAAGCAGCUGUUUGGUUAAAA